AUGGGGGGUAUUACGGCUCCCCUGAAAGAUGUGUUCCCCAAGGCCGGGUCAUUAUCUAGCUCUCGAGUAUUUACUACUGCCAAUGGCGAGGGCCUCAAAUGGAAGGAAAAAUCGAAACUAUACUGUGUCUCCACCUACAACGAUCUUACUCUUGCAACUUAUAACCACAGGUCACUCUCCGCAAUGUUUACUGGCAAAAAGGCUACAUUAGACAUCUCGCCAAAUGCCAUGCACUUGCUAGAUAUCCUGGUUGUAACGUGGGUGAUUAUGGCCAAGAAGUCUGUUGACAAGCAAAGCGAGGCGGUUGGUGAUGCGGCGGGUAGUGUAGCUUCUGCCGUGUCUGGAUAG